AUGGCUACAGUGGGAUCUCCAGCACUUUUAGCGACUAGUUCUACAAGUUGGCGUGGACACAUGGCGGGCUGGAAUCGUCAUUCCAUAUGGAAGAUGGGCAUAGUGAUCCUACUCUUGGCAGUGAUAUUUGCCCUAAUUUUUGCCGCAUACUAUGCUGUGAUGGCUAGUAGUAAUGUCGUCACACAUUUUUCUGUGGACUUCAAAGGUAAAGCAGUAAACUUUUCCUUCGCCAAGCAUUUCCAAAGCCGAAUGGUCCUACAGCAAGCACCACAAAGAGCAAAUAUCUAUGGAUUUUCUUCAGAUAUCGGAGCAACAAUUGCUUUAGAGGUAAUUACUAGCAAGAAAGUUUACCACUACGAAACAAUUGUGAAACAAGGGGCAGCCUCAAAACUGGGCUAUUGGAGUGUUAAACUGAGGCCAAUGAAAACAAAUGAGUCUGUGUUAAUCAGAGCAAAGGCUGAAGGAGUCUCCCAUAUCCUUGAAGAUGUGAUCUUCGGUGACGUGUGGAUUUGUUCCGGGCAGUCCAAUAUGGAGUUCAAGGUGCACGAGAUAAUAGGAGCAAAGGAAGUCAUCAAGGAAUCCUUAAACUAUCCAAAUGUUCGCUUCAUGGCUGCGCUACAAACUGGCAUGCACAUUCCUUUGUCUGAUCUUGUGGAUUUGGAAAUACAGUGGUCUUCACCACAGGAUGUAGGGGUUUCUGAUUUCUCUGCGGUGUGCUGGCUCUAUGGCAAAGCUAUACAUGCGGUUCUUGGAUAUCCUAUAGGAUUAGUUGGAUCGUACCUCGGUGGAAGUCCAGUAGCAGCCUGGUCAUCUGGCGAGGCUCUUGCCAAAUGUGAAGUGGGCACUGCCACAUGGAGCAGGCCAGAUCCUGAGCAGCUAGUGUCUCCACCAGAUUCACUUAGAAACACGGACAAUUCUGUUUUGUGGAAUGCCAUGGUUCAUCCUCUUCUUGGAAUGACAAUCUCUGGGGUCAUCUGGUAUCAAGGUGAACAGGAUUCCCACGAAGAUACCAAGAAGAACAAUUACAACUGUUCCUUCCCUGCUAUGAUUGAUGACUGGAGGCUGCAGUUUAACAAGGCUUCAUCGGGAGAGACAAACAACAUAUUUCCAUUCGGAUUUGUUCAGCUGGCACCAAGCAUGCCGCCCUAUGACCCCGGCUUCCCUGACAUCCGCUGGCAUCAAACUGCUGACUAUGGUUAUGUCCCAAAUGAGAGACUGGUCAAUGUAUUCAUGGCAACAGCGUUGGAUCUUCCCGAUUUUGAGGCGCCCAGAGGACCGAUACAUCCCAGACACAAGCUAGAAAUAGGAUCCAGGCUAGCACUAAGUGGACUGGCAGUGGCUUACAACAAGCAAGAAGUCUUCCAGGGACCUUUUCCUGUGUGGGCCCGGCUAGGAAUGAAUUCAUCGCUGGUUGUUGAUUAUGGGACUCAGUGGCGGCUGCAUGUACGGAGCUCUGAAGGGUUUGAACUAAUGUGUACCUCAGGAAGCAAAUCUACAGUUACCUCGUGGGAACCAACUGUAAUUAUAUCCAAUACUUCCACACAGGUGACACUACAGGCAGCAGUGUGCAGUGAAGGGCAGCAGAUUUUAGGGCUUCGAUAUGCCUGGACGAACUCGCCUUGUGCCUUGAAGAUGUGUGCUGUGUAUUCAACCAUCAACGAAUUGCCAGCUCCUCCUUUCGUGUCUUUCAUUGAAAAUGUUCAUGGGAAGCCAGAAUUUCAAUUUGGCAAGCAGACAUGGAACUAA